UAGCACGGGACGCGAGACGGCGGCGCGGAGCGCAAGAUCUCAAAUCCCUUUCCCAUUCCCAAUCUGCAUCCAAACGCCACAUGAAAGAUUAAAAAACCACACGAAAGAUUAAAAACAGAAGAGGAGGAAACCCAUCUCGCCGACGCCGCGCCACCACCUCCCUUCCCCUCCCAGUGAGUCCAGGCCCACGUUGCCCACCGGCUCCGGUGAGGUCAGGAGAGAAACGGACAGACACGACCACCGCCCAGGAGGGAGAGAUCUCGCUUCGCCGCCGUACCACCCAUCACAUGACGCCACCUAGGGCACCGUCAACCCGAUCCCCUCCUCGUCCUCGCGGUGAGGCGAGGUGAUCAUAGGGUGCCUAGCAUAGCCUCGUCUCGGCCGGCCGCAUGGAUGGAGCCUCGACCGCCGCCGCCUCCUCGGCUGGGGGAAGGUGGUACACGGGCAUGUCGGCGGACAACAUCAAGGGCCUGGUCCUGGCGCUCUCCUCCAGCCUCUUCAUCGGCGCCAGCUUCAUCAUCAAGAAGAAGGGCCUCAAGAAGGCCGCCUCCUCCGGUGUCAGGGCCGGAGUUGGUGGUUAUUCUUAUUUAUAUGAGCCUCUUUGGUGGGUUGGCAUGGUAACAAUGAUUGUUGGGGAAGUUGCAAAUUUUGCAGCUUAUGCAUUUUCUCCAGCCAUUUUGGUCACUCCUCUUGGUGCUCUUAGCAUUAUAAUCAGUGCUGUACUUGCACAUGUAAUGCUGCGGGAGAAGCUGCACAUAUUCGGCAUUCUUGGUUGUGUCCUAUGUGUUGUAGGAUCCACCACAAUUGUCCUUCAUGCUCCACCAGAACGUGAAAUUGAGUCGGUGACAGAAGUGUGGGAUCUGGCUACUGAACCAGCCUUCAUGUGUUAUGUAGCAGUGGUGAUUGCUAUAGUUGCCGUACUUGUUUACCGGUUUGUCCCACUUUAUGGACAAACACAUGUCAUGGUCUAUAUAGGUGUUUGCUCUCUUGUAGGUUCCAUCUCGGUCAUGAGUGUGAAAGCCCUUGGUAUAGCUUUGAAGCUGACCUUUUCUGGAACGAACCAACUCAUAUAUCGACAGACAUGGGCUUUUACUCUGGUUGUUAUCUCAUGUGUCAUUACCCAAAUGAACUACUUGAACAAGGCCCUAGACACAUUUAACACAGCAGUUGUAUCACCCAUUUAUUAUACCAUGUUUACAUCUUUAACCAUCUUGGCUAGUGUCAUCAUGUUCAAGGACUGGGACAGGCAAAAUCCGACACAAAUUGUGACAGAGAUGUGUGGCUUUGUUACUAUCCUUUCGGGAACGUUUCUACUCCACAAGACAAAAGACAUGACUGAUGGGCUUUCAACUUCUUCAUUCCGUCUUCCAACGUCCUCAGUGCGGUUGUCGAAGCAAACAGACGAAGAUGGUGAAGGAAUUCCUCUUAGAUUGUCAGAAUCGUUCCGGUCACCACAUUGACGCCUGUUUGCUGAUCAUUAAUUUACAUUUACACGAGUUAGGGGUAUAUAUAUACAUAAGCUUGUACUUGGGGAGGAAAGAAAUGUAUUCCUCUUCUGGCUAUAAUGUAGACUCCCUCUUUUCCUUUAUUUUUAGCAUAUCUGUGUAUCUUGCUUAACUCUACAAGGUAUUUUCUCAGCGGUUAGCACCGGAGUGAAAAUGCUGUUAGUGUUGUUGUGCCAUC